AUGACUUUCUUUGACAGACUCAACCACAGCGUUGCUACCUCCAAGGCCGGAAAGUACUUCCGCUUGGAUGGUUCUGGUGCUCGUCGUGAGCGUGCCGGCUCCAAGUUCACGACCGAAGUCCGUGCCGGUCUGACCACCUUCGUCGCCAUGGCCUACAUUAUCUCGGUUAACUCCCUCAUUGUGACGGAUUCCGGCGGAACCUGUGUCUGCACCAGCACCACUGACCCCGUCUGUUUGACAGAUGAGGCCUACAAUGAUUGUCUUGCCGUCUUGAAGCUCGACAUGGUCACCGCCACGGCAGCCAUUGCCUGCUUCUCCACUCUGUUGAUGGGUCUGUUCGCCAACUUGCCCAUUGGUCUUGCCCCCGGUAUGGGUCUUAACGCCUACUUUGCCUACACUGUCGUCGGUUUCCACGGUUCCAACAAAAUCAAGUAUGAGACUGCUGUUGCUGCCGUCUUUAUCGAGGGUAUCCUCUUCAUCCUCCUCUCGCUCUUUGGUGUCCGUCAGUGGCUCGCCCGCUUGAUCCCCCAGUCCAUCAAGAUCGCCACCGGAGCCGGUAUUGGUCUCUACCUCUGCUUCAUCGGUCUCCAGUCCUCCGCCGGUAUCGGUUUGAUCGGUAAAGACGACGCCACCUUGGUUGGAUUGGCUGGAUGUGCCUUGAAGGACGCGAAUGGCAUCUGUCUUCCCGGCACCCGAAUGGAAUCAGCCACCACCUGGAUCGGUCUCUUUGGUUUCGUCAUCAUCGCUGUCUGCUUGCUCUUCCGUGUCAAGGGUGCUGUCCUCAUCGGAAUCUUGGUCGUUUCGAUCAUGUCCUGGUUCCGCAACACCUCCUUCACCUACUUCCCCAACACCCCUGCUGGCGAUGCCAAGUUUGACUUCUUCAAGAAGGUCGUCACCUUCCACCCCAUCGAGACCACCAUGGCCAAGAUGGACUUUAAUCUCGACAACUCUGAGAUCUGGAUCGCCUUGAUCACCUUCUUGUACGUCGAUAUCAUGGAUACCACCGGUACUCUCUACUCCAUGGCCAAGUUCGGAGGCUACAUGUACAAGAACGGUGACUUUGACGGCUCGACUGCUGCCUUCCUCUGCGAUGCCACCUCCAUCACUGUUGGUGCCGUCUUUGGUGUCCCCCCUGUCACUGCCUUUGUCGAGUCCGGCGCCGGUAUCACUGAGGGUGGUCGCACUGGUAUCACCUCGAUCACCACCGCCUUCUUCUUCUUCGUCUCCCUCUUCUUCGCCCCCAUCUUUGCCUCCUUCCCCCCAUGGGCCACCGGUCCCGCCCUGAUGGUUGUCGGUUCGAUGAUGGUCAAGUCUGUCCGCUCCAUCAACUGGGACUAUGUCGGAGACGCCAUCCCCGCCUUCUUGACCAUCGCCCUCAUGCCCCUCUCGUACUCGAUCGCCUACGGUCUCAUUGCCGGUAUCGGCUCCUAUGCCGCCAUCAAUGGAAUCGUCUACUUCCUCGAGCUCAUCUCUGGAGGCCGUAUCGCCCCUGAGGACAAGGAUCUCCGUGAGCCCUGGAUCACCGAGGGCUUCACCUGGUCCAACGUCGUCCCCGGCUGGAUCCAGAAGCUCGUCUGCAAGGUCCGUGGCGAGAUCUAUGUUGACCCCCUUGAUGUCAUCGAGGAGGAGGAGCGUCUUGAGCGUGAGGCCGCUGCUGCUGCCGAGCACACUGAUGCCAAGAUCGAUGUUGACCACUUCCACGGUGGCCAUGACAUUCCCAAGUACUAA